CGACGACUUAAGUCUACAACCGUAAACAAGGCACAGUUAACAGCGGCCAGCGGGGGAAACCUAGCGAGAAAGGGCGAGAAAGUGAAGAAAAUUUGGAAAGAACAAAGAAAAUGAGCAGCGACGCAAAAACCAAUGGCGGAAACGGAGGAGGAGGAGGAGGAGGGGGUUUCAGGUCGAGAAUGGAGCGCUACCUCUACAGUGGGGACAAGAAGCAUGUCAUGGCCGGCAUCGCCAUUAUCAGCGUCGUAUUCGGCGUCCCUUGGUUCCUCUUGAGCAGAGGAACAAAACAUCAGUCCCAUCAAGAUUACUUGGAAAGAGCUGAUAAAGCACGAAGUCAAAGACUCUCUUCAGGUUCAUCUUCUGCUAAAUGAUUUUUGAGAGCAUUCUGGUGAAGGGAGUGGUUUUCCAGUGAGCAUUUUGACAGUUCAAAAUUAUAAUAAGCUUUUUGUGUUUGGCAAUCUGUUUCUCUUUCAAGCUUGUAAAUGAAGAAUAGCUUCUGUUUGUCCGUGAGGAUUACUUAUAGAACUCUCAAUUAGGGAUGAAUUUUUGUUUCAUGUCUAAUGUCAAUAAAAGAAACUGUAACUUAGAA